GGGGCGGGGCUGAGGCCCGAGCCAGCGGAGGGUUAGACCUUGGGAAACGGGCCAGCGACUCCCUUCCCCCACUCGAGCCUCUGCCCUCCGCUUUCGGGGAGACCCGACCCCCCCCUCUGCCCACCGCCGGCAAGAACCAGCGUCCCGGGUGCCCGGGUCCUCGGCCGGCGCAGGCGCAGGCGCAGGUGCAGGCGCAGGUGCAGGCGCAGGUGCAGGUGCGGCACCCCACCUCUCUCCCACCCAGGCGCAUCCCGCUGGGCGGCCAUGGCGCGAGGAGCCACCCCGCAGGACAGGCAAGUUGGGGACCGGGUGGGGUGCGCACGGAAACCCGGGUGGCCUUCUUUUGGUUGCUCUAAGGCGCAAAGAAGACCGGAUAGAACUACAAUUCCCAUCAGCCGCCUCCCGCCGCUGCCCGGGCCGCGCGAUGGGGGCUGUAGGCCGCUCUCCCGAGGGGAGGAAGGAGUGGAGGAGCUGCGUCCUCGGAGUGACCUUCUGCAUGGUCCCCACAGCUACCACCUUGUCGGGAUCAGCUUCUUUAUCCUUGGCCUGGGCACUCUCCUUCCCUGGAACUUCUUCAUCACGGCCAUCCCGUACUUUCAGGGGCGGCUGGCGGGGGCCAACAGCACUGCCAGGACCUUGGGCACCAACCACACUGGCCCUGCGGACACUUUCAACUUCAACAACUGGGUGACGCUGCUGUCCCAGCUGCCCCUGCUGCUCUUCACACUCCUCAACUCCUUCCUGUACCAGUGCAUCCCUGAGACAGUGCGGAUUCUGGGCAGCCUGCUGGUCAUCCUACUGCUCUUUGCCCUGACGGCGAUGUUGGUCAAGGUGGACAUGAGACCUGGACCCUUCUUCUCCAUCACCAUGGCCUCUGUCUGGUUCAUCAACUCCUUCUGUGCAGUUCUGCAGGGCAGUCUCUUUGGGCAGCUGGGCACCAUGCCUUCCACCUACAGCACCCUCUUCCUCAGCGGCCAGGGCCUGGCUGGAAUCUUUGCUGCUCUUGCCAUGCUCAUGUCCAUGGCCAGUGGCGUGGAUGCGCAGACCUCCGCCUUGGGGUACUUCAUCACGCCCUGUGUGGGCAUCUUCGUGUCCAUCGUGUGUUACCUGAGUCUGCCCCACAUGGAGCUCGCUCGCUACUAUCUGGCCAAGAAACCGUCGCUGGCACAAGGUCAGGAGCUGGAGACCAAAGCUGAGCUCCUCCAGUCUGGUGAGAAGAAUGGGAUUCCCAACAGCCCCCAGAAGACAGCCCUGACUCUGAAUCUUGACCCUGAGAAGGAGUCAGAGCUGGAGCCAGAGGAACCCCAGAAGCCAGGAAAACCUUCAGUGUUCAUUGUCUUCCGAAAGAUCUGGCUGACGGCGCUGUGCCUUGUGUUGGUCUUCACAGUCACCCUGUCUGUCUUCCCUGCCAUCACAGCCAUGGUGACCAGCUCCACCAGUCCUGGGAAGUGGAGUCAGUUCUUCAACCCCAUCUGCUGCUUCCUCCUCUUCAACAUCAUGGACUGGUUGGGACGGAGCCUGACCUCUUACUUCCUGUGGCCGGACCAGGACAGCCGGCUGCUGCCCCUGCUGGUCUGCCUGCGCGCCCUGUUCAUUCCGCUCUUCAUGCUGUGCCACGUGCCCCAGCGGUCCCGGCUGCCCACCAUCUUCCCGCAGGACGCCUACUUCAUCACCUUCAUGCUGCUCUUCGCUGUUUCCAACGGCUACCUGGUGUCCCUCACCAUGUGCCUGGCGCCCAGGCAGGUGCUGCCACACGAGAGGGAGGUGGCCGGCGCCCUCAUGACCUUCUUCCUGGCCCUGGGGCUGUCCUGUGGAGCCUCCCUCUCCUUCCUCUUCAAGGCGCUGCUCUGAAGGCUCCGUGUCGGGCUCUCCAGCAGCUCUCCUCUCGCUGCCCCUUCGGAGCCGGAGCUGAGACCCAGCGCACAGGAAUGGCGA